AGGUGCCAGAGGGUUUUGCAGCAACGAAACCAAAGAGAACGCCCUCUGAUCCUUCAUUUCUCUUCCCGUUUGGGAUUUUAUUUGCAUCAUCUUUGAGUCUGUUUUAAAAAAGGCAAAGCAAACCUUCAAAAAACAUGUGCAGCAGGACUUCCACUCCUUGACUGUACCAUUAGUGUUAGUAAUCAGGAAAAGCCUUUGGAGACUACAUGAUCUCUCUAGUCUGAUGCUUGCUGCUGUUGCUGCUAAGGGUUUUGGUGCAGGGAAACAAAACUGCCUUUUCCACCCGCUGAUUUCUUAACAUCUGCAUGUUUCUGCUGCCGCACUCUGUUUCACGCCCUCUUCCCAUGGACUGAUUUGUUUUAUUUGAAGGGUGGAAGGAUAAGAAAACCAAGGCAUUUCUUUGGAAGAAACAAAAUUGCAUUUAUUUGUUGCAUUCUGGUGGAUCUGUUUUGAGGUUAAUCUUUCUGGAAAGGGAAAACAUGACGUCGCCAGCUAAAUUCAAAAAGGAUAAGGAGAUCAUAGCUGAAUAUGACACUCAGGUCAAAGAGAUUCGUGCUCAGCUCAUCGAGCAGCUGAAAUGCCUUGACCAACAGUGUGAGCUCCGGGUCCAGCUACUGCAGGACCUGCAGGAUUUCUUCCGCAAGAAGGCAGAGAUCGAGAUGGAUUACUCAAGGAACUUGGAGAAGUUGGCGGAGAGAUUCCUGGCUAAAACAAGGAGUACCAAAGACCAGCAAUUCAAGAAGGAUCAGAAUGUCCUGUCUCCAGUCAAUUGUUGGAAUCUCCUCUUAAACCAGGUGAAGCGAGAGAGCAGGGACCAUACAACCCUCAGCGACAUCUAUCUGAACAAUAUCAUCCCUCGCUUUGUCCAAGUCAGCGAAGACUCUGGGCGACUCUUCAAGAAGAGUAAAGAAGUUGGACUGCAGCUCCAGGAAGACUUGAUGAAGGUGCUGAAUGAGCUCUAUACGGUGAUGAAGACCUACCACAUGUACAAUGCUGACAGCAUCAGCGCUCAGAGCAAACUGAAAGAGGCAGAAAAACAGGAAGAGAAGCAGAUUGGGAAGUCGGUGAAGCAGGAGGACAAACAGACUCCGCGUUCCCCAGACUCGACUUCCAACGUUAGGUUUGAGGAGAAGCACGUCCGACGAAGCUCGGUGAAGAAAAUUGAGAAAAUGAAGGAGAAGCGCCAAGCAAAAUAUACUGAAAAUAAACUGAAAGCCAUUAAAGCGAGAAAUGAGUAUCUGCUGGCUCUGGAAGCUACCAAUGCAUCUGUGUUCAAGUAUUACAUCCACGACCUGUCUGAUCUCAUUGAUCAGUGUUGUGACCUGGGAUACCAUGCCAGCCUCAACAGAGCCCUCAGGACCUUCCUGUCUGCAGAGUUGAACCUGGAACAGUCAAAGCACGAGGGCCUGGAUGCAAUUGAGAAUGCGGUGGAAAACUUGGACGCCAACAGUGACAAGCAGCGCCUCAUGGAGAUGUACAACAGUGUCUUCUGCCCGCCCAUGAAAUUUGAGUUCCAGCCCCACAUGGGUGAUAUGGUAUCCCAGCUCUGUGCCCAGCAGCCAGUCCAGAGUGAGUUGGUACAGAGAUGCCAGCAGCUUCAGUCAAGACUAUCUACGCUCAAAAUUGAAAACGAAGAGGUGAAGAAAACUAUGGAAGCCACUCUGCAGACCAUCCAAGACAUAGUCACUAUUGAGGACUUCGAUGUCUCUGACUGCUUCCAGUACAGCAACUCCAUGGAAUCUGUCAAAUCCACAGUCUCAGAAACUUUCAUGAGCAAGCCGAGCAUUGCCAAGAGACGGGCCAAUCAGCAGGAGACAGAGCAGUUCUACUUCACGAAAAUGAAGGAGUACCUGGAAGGCAGGAACCUGAUCACCAAGCUUCAGGCCAAGCAUGAUCUUCUACAGAAGACUCUGGGAGAAAGUCAAAGGACUGACUGCUCUCUUGCCAGUGGCAGACGCAGCUCUACGAUAAGGAAGCAGGACUCCAGCCAAGCCAUUCCCCUUGUGGUGGAGAGCUGCAUACGAUUCAUUAGCAGACAUGGGCUACAGCAUGAAGGCAUAUUCAGAGUGUCUGGAUCACAAGUGGAGGUUAACGAUAUAAAAAAUGCAUUUGAGAGAGGAGAGGAUCCACUAGCUGGAGACCAAAAUGACCAUGAUAUGGACUCUAUAGCGGGAGUUCUGAAACUCUACUUCCGAGGGCUGGAGCACCCUCUGUUCCCGAAGGAAAUCUUUCAUGAUCUGGUUGCCUGUGUCACAAUGGAUAACUUACAAGAAAGAGCUCUACACAUCCGGAAGGUCCUGCUAAGCUUGCCUAAAACCACUCUGAUUGUAAUGAGAUACCUCUUUGCAUUCCUCAGUCAUUUAUCACAGUUCAGUGAAGAGAACAUGAUGGAUCCCUACAACUUAGCCAUCUGCUUUGGGCCCACGCUGAUGUCUGUGCCUGAAGGUCACGAUCAGGUCUCCUGCCAGGCUCAUGUCAAUGAGCUGAUCAAAACCAUCAUCAUCCAACACGAGAACAUCUUCCCAGGACCAAGAGACCUAGACGGUCCAGUCUACAGCAGGAGUGGGAGCACUGAGGAUUACUGUGAAAGUCCUCAUGGAGAGACAGCAUCAGCAGAAGAUUCAGUUCAGGAUCUAGCAGCUGAACACCACACCAGUGAUGAUGAGUGUGAGCCGAUAGAAGCAAUAGCCAAGUUUGAUUACAUUGGCCGAACGGCACGAGAGCUGUCCUUCAAAAAAGGGGCUUCUCUCCUUCUGUAUCAUCGGGCCUCAGAUGAUUGGUGGGAGGGGCGGCACAACGGCAUUGAUGGCCUGAUCCCUCACCAGUACAUUGUUGUUCAAGACACCGAGGAUGGUUCCUCGGAAAGAUCCAGCCCCAAGUCUGAAAUAGAAAUCAAUUCUGAUCCACCUGAAGAAAAAGUGACAGCCAGAGCCGGUGCCAAUUGUCCGAGCGGGGGUCACGUCGCUGAUAUCUACCUUGCAAACAUCAACAAGCAAAGAAAGAGACCAGAGUCAGGCAGCAUCCGAAGAGCGUUCCGGCAAAGCGACAGCCACGGACCAACUAGUUCCCUGAUAGAACCGGCCUCCCCAGGACCCACAACUAGUUCUAGACCCUCAUCUCAGCCUGUUAUGAGCCAGAGCCUCCCCAAGGAUGCAGCAGAUAAAUGCUCCAUCAGCGGCCAUGGCAGCCUCAAUUCUAUCAGCCGACAUUCGUCCCUGAAGAAUAGGAUAGAGAGCCCGCAGAUCCGUAAAACUUCAACUACAGGUCGGUCAAAGAGUUUCAAUAACCAUCGGCCCAUGGAUCCUGAGGUCAUUGCACAGGACAUUGAAGCGACCAUGAACACUGCGUUGAAUGAACUGCGGGAGCUGGAAAGGCAAAGCAGCGUAAAGCAAACGCCAGAUGUUGUCCUUGACACCCUGGAGCCUUUGAAAACCUCCCCGGUGGUGGCACCCACCUCAGAACCUUCCAGCCCUCUGCAUACUCAGAUUCUCAAGGACUCUGAACCAGCAUUCCAACGGAGCGCCAGCACCGCAGGGGAUAUCCCGUGCGCCUUCAGGCCAGUGAAGUCCGUCAAAAUGGCUGCCCCACUUAAACCGCCAGCAACGAGGCCGAAGCCAGCAGUUUUCCCCAAAACAAAUGCCACAAGCCCUGGUGUUGCUUCUUCUGCAUCUCAACAGCCUACUGACAAGUCUUGUACUGUCUGAACUAGAAGUCCUACUGGGGAUAUAAUUUUAUUGCCUCAAAUGAGGGGCCUAUGUUAAAGACACAUGCAAAUUCCUAUUUAACCAGUUUCGGACUUUGGCUGAAGGUUAGUUUGCAAGCGGUUACUGCCAGGCGCGCUCCAUGGGAGAGAAGACAUUGGCGCUAAAGCCUCACAACACGCACCCCAUGUAAGCACACCCGGCUUUUGAAAUACCGACAGGAAAUCAACCAUCAGGUCACGGUGAAAGUAGUGAGGCCAACGCAAAGAACUGAUGAAUUGGUUCUCCGUUUCUGGUUGAUGCCUGGAUACUGGUUUAGUGACUUAUAUAGUCCGUGUUUCAAUUGCCACAGGGAAUCAAUACAAUAGAUUUUAGUGUCCUGCAUGUUUUGGUACCACUGGUUGUGGCGCUUGGACAUGCCUUUUUCUUGCGCAUUAUUACAUUGCCUGCUGGUGCUGGUGCUGCUGCUGUUGAGGGUCUGUCUUAUCCAUUACAGCCUUUCUUUUUUCAGUAGCUUUCGCUCUUCUCCACGUCAGGCUGUACCUUUGGUUGAAACUUGUCAUGACACAUACUCAGCUCUGGAACACAAGUGACAUGUUGUGCGUUGGUGCAGUUUGAAAUACAACAAACCUAUUUCUGAGUAGGAGGAGGGAGAGAAGAUAGAGUUGCUGAUGAUAGCCGCUCUGCAGUGGUUUUGUUUUGGUGCCCCCAGGUUUAAAAGCGGCUUCGUUCUUUUUUUUAAAUCAAACUUUCAGGGCGUUAAUGCAAUUGUGUGCUCUUCAGUGGGAACUUGGGAAGUAGAAGGUAAAAAUGAGUUACCUUCUGAACGCCGGCUGCUAUGCUCUCACAGGAGUGGCAUUUCCUAAUGUGAUUAUAAGAUUAUUAGUGGGUUCGUACUGAAACCCCAGUUCUGAACAUCUCUAAAUCUUAAGUGUUCACAUUUUGGCCCUGUUUCUGAUUAGCAAAGGCUCUGACCACUAUGAAUUAUUGUGGGAACUCUGACAUAAGGAGAAUGGUGAGAACAUCCUCUAUAGGAGAUUGGCAGUAUAGUGUCCAGCUCAUAAAUUGCUGAAAUACACAUUUCUGUGAUAAAUCAUCAUGUCUCCAAAGACUUUGCAGACAAUUGAGUGACUUCUUAGAACAUAUGUGUAAGAUGGACUGUGACUGCUUCAGCUAUUAGCAGGCUGUGUUGACUCUUCUGGAUUUUCAUGGGAAUACAUUUUCCAGAAUGCUGCCAUAUAUUUAAUUUUUUUAAGAGCAAAAAGGCACAUGUUGUGUUAAGGUGAUGAAUUUUACAGCCCCACCAGACCGAGGGGUCUUGCAAGUGGCUUUCCAUCCUUACCUAGCCCAUCAUGCCCAAGUAUUGCUUGAGUAGGAAUAGUCCUACAGUUUAUGGUCUCAUGUUCUUACUCAAGCAAGUACAACGUAAUUAAGGUGAUACUUUCCCCACCCUGUUCGAGUUUCAUUCUGUAGGCUUAAAUCACUUUCACUCUGUUGUUUAGCAGUGUGUGAUUUUUUUUUUUUUAAACUUGCAUUUUCAUCUCUAAGUUGGCCUUAAGCAUCCACUUGUAAUUCCUUUUAAAAGAGGUUACUUGGAUGGACACUGUUUUUAAUCUCUUUGAAAAAGAAGAUUUUUUUUGUAUUCCUGCUCAUCUAAUAAGGACUGAUGUUCUCUGUGUCCUAGAUUAUAGAGAUGUGAGGCGUUCAUGGACUACAGGAGAGAGAGAGAGAAACCCCUGGAAAAGAUUUGUUGGGACCAUUUUAAUUGUUUUUCUUAAUUAACAUUUAACAGCCCUUAUCUUUUGGAAACACUGCACUGUUUGUGUUACUUCUGUCAGAUUUUAACCUGUCCAGAUCAAAGAGAAUGAAACUCGAAUGCGUGACCACCUCCUUUGUUCUCAGGGUCAAAUGGACUCCGUACACCAAGGAAUCUCAAUCUUUUUGGAAACUAAUAAUUUUAAACAGCAACUAGUGGUUUAUUUUUCACUCAGGCAAAGCUUUUGGGGGAAUCAUGACUGGCCACAGGGAAUGCAUGUCGCUACACAGGAAAUGAACAGGACAGGGGCUCUUCAUAAAUUUACUUUGACUCAUUGUUUGCAAUGCCUUUUUUCUUUUUUUUAAAAUCUCAUGCUUUGCAUUUUAUGUUACCAAGGGACAACAUCCAGCCAUACAGGGCAUCUUGGGACAAGAUCGUCUGGCUUCAGGAUUCACAAAAGAUCCUACUGACAAGAGAAAUAAGAACUUACAGUGAUUUAAAAAAUAUCCUGUGCAAAUGAACUGGAAUUUCAGUGUGUGCUGUGAUUUGCACUGAAAACAUACACCUAGCAACGUGGCAGUCCGAAGCGCAUCUUUUUUUCUCUUCCAUGUUUUCUGGACCUCUGUAGCUGGCAGGAAGCACAUUUUUAAAAAACCCACUUUGUGGCUUGUUUGCCUCUUGCUGUGUACUCUGGAGCAGGGCGAUAGUUUGCAAUAAAGUGUUGUUACCAUUUGUUGGGAGAGGGAGAACUGGAAAAGACUGUGCUCAGUGCAUGUCCACUGGGCAUUCUACUGAAGAGAUCAACAUGAUAUGGAUAAAUAGAACACUAUGUUGGGUGGGGAGGUCUAUCUGUUACUUCAUAUUCAGAAGAAAUGUUAGCUCCUCCAGACAGAUACAGUUGUGUGGGGGGUGGGGGGUGGGGGGGUGUCAGUGUCACAUGAAAGGUUUAUCUUUUUAAAGAAAAGAAGCAUUGAUAACUGGAAUAAUGUCUGUCUGCUUGGUAAUACUCUGUAAGAACGCAAGUCUGUCACUUCUCAAAUGAUGGAUUAAAAUAAUCCAAAGCAAAACCUUUAAAAUAAAAUGCAGUUUUAGGUGAUUGGUGAAUAGUUUCUGCAGCAUUAACCUUGUAUGUGUCCCAUCCCCAGUUGGGAGUUAGGCAAUGUGCUUUAAUGAUGGCUAAAUUUCUGUUUCUUUAUGGUAAUCCAAAGGCUCCUAAUUUAUGAGCUCUCAAAUUAGUCUGUCACAAUGAAACAUGACCAAAAAGAUUUCACUUUCUCUGUACUGGAUGUUGGCCUGCAAGGAACACCAUUAGAUAAUUACAGUACACUGUGAUGGUGCAAAAAUUGUUCUGUCUCUAUUUUAAUGCCUGUUUGAAAGGAGAGAGUCUUUGGGCUUCCUGUGAAGAAUACCUCAUAUGUUCUCUUUCAACGUCAGUGUGCUUGCACAGUUCUGUGUUCAAAUGACAAUGUUCUGAAACUUGGAAAAUCAUAGCACUUAAGAGGUCAGGCAGGAAAUUCUAUCCCUAGGCAGGAAAUUCUAUCCCUACACCUUCCCAUCUUGUUGUACCUUGGCUAUUGCAAAUCUUUAUCAUGAAGAUACAUGGACCACAUCAGGGAGCGCUCUGCAAUAUGGGAAAAGGAUAAGGUUAUAAGUAGAGUUUUAGUCUUAACUCUGUUUUAUGUGUUGGUCAGAACUUCAACACUGGGUUGAGCAUGGAGAGGGCUUUGGGACGUAGGGAGUAUCUUCGAGAGAGCACUCUUGCAUUUUUCAUAUGCUUCCCUAUAGCAAGCACUUGGCAAAUUCUGUAUAUAGGUAUCUACCUGAUAGAUUGAUUUGGCUCUGUCAAUUAAUGACACAUACAUUGUAGCUUUUAAAGACAGGCUAUUACCCCAGGCAGUGGCAUGUUCUAGUAAAGCAGCUAGGGAUGGGUAAAUACCUAUUCAGACAGUUAGUUCAAUAGAUCUGGGUGCAUACUGGGCACUCUGGCCCCAGUCCAGCCAGUCACUGUGCAAGUGCUUAACUGUAAGCAUGUGCUGAGUCUCUUUGAAGUUGAGGAGGUGCUUAUUUGUUGGGUUGGGCUCUUGUGCACUCAAGGCUUUGUAGGAUUGAGCUUUGAAGAGAGCCAAAACAGCAGUGGGAAAAAAUGCAAAGAGCCGCACCACAAUUGUUGGGGGUGGGGGAGGGAAGCUCCCCACCAGCCAGAGUUGUUGAGCAAAAAAAUAAAAAGAUGCUGCCCCUUUUUAAAACUACGGGUUAGGCUUUUUAGUCACAUCAGGCUUCUGCUGGCUGCCACCAUCUUGCUGCUGCCAUUUUGUUUUGCCGGAUGGCUCCCUUACACCCAGUGAGCCACAGGGUGCCGUUUGUAAGGGUGCAUGGGGUAGCUUCUGCAGGGGAGGCUUCACGAGCCUCACUUUCAGGGUUGAAGAGCCAUAUGUGGCUUCUGAACCACAGGUUGGCCACCCCUGCCAUAAGGAUUCGCUCCAAAACAACAAGGAUGUGCUCCUUAGGCCGUAUGCCACCAGCCAGGAAAACUGUUAGGCCCAAUGAAAAUAACCCUGAAACAGGCAGCGGGGCGCAUUCAGAAUAGAAACUAUUAAUGUUCAAAACCGAUUGUAACCCGUUCUGUGAAAUCUGAUGUUGGCUGGACAUCCCACAAAUGUAGCAUUGGUUACCAGGAGGCGGGUAACUUCUGGGAGGGUCUAGUGCAAUCAGCAAGAUGAUUUUAAAAAAAGUUAGAAAUAAAGUUCAUUCAGUGCUGCAUGCUUACUGCCUCUGGGUGAGAGAAGGCAGUAAGCACUAGCAACUCUGCUUUGGUUGCAGCUUGAUAGAUCACCUUCAAAGGUAUUUCCCCCUCCACCUCCUGUCAUCUUUCUAUGUGGAAACGCCUGUACUGAGAAAUUAUACUUGACUACCCUCUUGUGCCCACGCAAAAGCAGAAGGAGCCAUUAUAAUCAGUCUGCUGUAUAAUGCACAAACAACUGGAUGUGCAUUAGCUGCUUUCAAACCUUCACCUCAGCCUGUUCACCUAGAAAUGCCAAAAAGGGGAUGGAUGGCUUUUUCCAAGCUUCAAUCUCUGAUUGCAUUUCUGCUUAUCCAGGGGGAGCCAAACCAGCGGUUUGAAAAAACUGGAAACUGUAGAACAUCUCACACUUUAACUGAAAUAACCUGGUUCAGAGCAAAUGGAUUUCCAGUUUUUCCAAAAAUGGAUCUACAAGAGGAAGUCUCUCCUCUUCUGUGCAAAUACUUAACAGGCCACGUCUCAAUUCAGGGUAAACAUUGAGUGGUUUGCAAUGGAAAUAAGACGGACCCUUUGUUUUAGCAGCACGGUAAUAAGUGGAUUUCACCAGCCUUUCUCUAGAGGCAGGGUGCUCUAAUCUGCCUACAUGGAAGUGGGUGUGGAGUGUGCCAAACUGCUGGAGCAAUACUUGUAAGCAACAGGUUCUUUUUAAAAAACCAGCUAUGAGCAAUGUAGCCAAAAUAGGGGAACUGAUGAAACUGGCCCUGAGAAAUUGAAACUAUAGCAGUGCUGUCUUGAUUCUACUGUAUGUGAGAAAAGUUGAUUGCAGAGUCUAGCAAUCUUUUUUUUAACCCUAAUCCCACAAAGAUGGGUUAGGUUUCGUACAGUGCAUUGUUCUUUGUUUUUAUUAACAGCCGCUGUUUAAUGGGUUGGGAUGAAAUGUUCUUGUUAAAGACGUUUCCACUGUUUCAUGUCUUCUACACCGCUAUAUAUAUAUGGUGUACAUAUUUACUUUAAAAAAAAACUGUGUAAAAUUGUACUUUGUAUAUACAACUAUGUACAAUAUGGAGGUACAUCUUUUUUCUUUUGGUACAGUAUUGUACAGUAUUAGAGAAGUACAUGUGUUGGAAUUGGUAAAGCCGUACCGGAAGAAACAAUGUAUCUGUCAUUAGCAAUAGUUUGAGAAAUAAAUGUUUUGGGUAUGGUGCAAA